AUGGAUAUGUUUGGUGCUCCAUUUGUCAAUUACGAGUUUCCUUCGUUUGAUCCGGCAUUUCUGUCACCCGAGCUGUCGGGCAAUGUUCCAGCAUACUUCGAUCCGUCCUGCGCAGGCUCCUCCUCCAUUGACAGCUCAGAGACAUUGACUACCCCUUUCCAUCUCUCCAUUCCUGGUCGGGAGCCGUACGCCGCGGCCGCGUUCGGUAUAGACGACAAUGAGGUUGGGGAUUUAUGGGCCUCCAACUGCCAUGAGUCAGGCACUUUUUCCCAGUCGUGGCAAGCGUGCUAUGAAUCUAUAGAAGGGACAAUCUUCCAGGCCGCACUGACACCCUCUGACAUCUCUCACACCGCUUCGAACUUUGAGGCUUGGUCUCUGAUAGGCCCCUCGGCCAGCUACUUUUCCCAGGCAAGUCCUCCAGCUUUACAGGAUGAGACAGGCGGAAACAAUUUGUCCACGAUCAAAUCAGGAUUUCCUGUACAAUCAGACGAUCAACCUGACAGAGAGCCCGAACCGACGCCACCAAAUCCGCCGAAAGUAAAGAGGAAAAGAGUCAAAGGGCCUGUCGUUUGCCCUACAUGCAGCAAGGCCUUCGACAAGCCAUACCUCCUGCAAGGACACAUGCGUGAGCACGGCGAUCGAUACCGUUGUCCGAGGUGUCAACAGACCUUUGCUCAGGCAGCCAACAUCGCCAUGCACAUAAAAAAGCACGAUGCUGGACCCUACGUGUGCCAAACCUGCACCAAGGAGUUCGUCAAACCGGCGUGCUACCGAAACCACAUCAAGUGCCACAACGGAGACCGCCAGAAGAAAAAGUGCCCGAAAGAAGGUUGCGAAAAGACAUACACGCUUGCAGGAGCCUUGAACCGGCACAUCAGGUCGCACUACGAGGACUAUAAGUGUAGUGAUUGUGGCAAGCUGUUCGGUCGGUCGGAUUUGAGAGCCAGGCACCAAGCCAAGCACUGCGCGAAUGCCCGGGCACGACGACAAGCCGAGGAUUCGUUGGUGAUGGGAUUGCCACCUGCACAGCCGCAGCUAUGCCAGAUACAUCAUCAGGCCGAUGAGCCCGUCCAUGCACCUGUCCAGCUCAGCACAAGCACUGCGCUCGAUCAUGAAUCACUACCCCGGCACCACCGUCUAGGUCUUGGUGUCGAGCACCAUCAGAGCUCGGUCGCGGCCUCGACACCACUAUCUAACCUUGCUGCAACAAGCCUCUGCGCUAUCAAUGGUCGAUUAAUCGAACAUUUAACUCUAGACCAUGAACUUCGCAAUUUGGCCAGUAGGUCACGACAUGAUCUCUUGAACGGCCAGCCGCGGUGA